AUGGAAUCGCAGGACGGUAUUACCGUCCGCCCCAUGAGACUGAAGGUCCUGUACACAUUCGACAACGAGAAUAAGACGAACUGUUUGGCUCGUUGGCCGCAUGUGCUGGACCUUCAGACCGCUUACCUGGAUGAGCAGACUCAAAUCGGAGUCAUUGAAUUGAAGACAUGCAUUCAGGCCAUCGUCUCUGCCAGUCCCGAAUUGGUGGCCCAAUUGGGCAGAGACUACACAGUCUACGCAUACGACUACUCUGAGUACGAGACGCCCUUGGUUGGUCAGGGAAUGUUGUCAUGGGUGCUCGCGUCUGCCUCGCCCACACCAGAUGCCCCCGCUCAUCAAUCCAAGACAAUGGUAACAGGUCGUGUGUGCAAGAACCCAAUGGGUCUUUUCUCCAAAGGCGUUCAUGAGACGCUGGAAGUCAAACUUCGGCUUGUUCCCGUGCCCACGGUGAUGCAAAGCGAAUAUCUGGACAGCAUGCAAAAGUAUCGUGAACUGAGCAACUUCAUCCCUCACGAUUUCGACGCACAGUCCUGGACGGCUUUUCUGAGACAGAAUCCAUCCCUGCUUGAGGCUUCAAGGAAUCAAAGUCAGAGCCGUGGACCUUCGCCAAUGGAUCAAUCCGGCAUCGAGCGCGUUCACCGGCUUCUGAGUGACGGCACCACGCCGCGAGAAUACCCCGCUUAUUCCACCAACGAGUCGAUCCGGUCAUCCUCGCCAACCCACUCGUUCGGUCCUCCUAGCCGAAUGUCCACUCCAGCAGGAACUCGCACGCCUACGCAUAACCACCAGAGUCUUCAGUCCCGCCAGAGCUUCUCUCACAGUGACAAUAUUCGUCCUUCAUCGAGUGCCUCGAUGCAGGAAAGCGACUUCCACACCCACCAGCUUGGCAACCGUGCGCGCAGAGACUCAUUCCAAUCAGGCUACGGUAGCGGAGGAGAGGACAUCGCGGAGCCUCAGCAAAGGAAGCGCGCCAAACUUUACCAGGCUGGCUGGCCAGGAAAAUCGGAUAUGAACAUCGAACGGCAACCAAGCUCUCUGCGAGUAGCUGCCAGUACCGCCGCCUCUGUUCGAAUUCAUCGUCCCACUCCGAUCAACCCCGUCACCCGCACUGAGCAAUCGCAGGAUGAGCCAGUUCGCCCGCCCACUCCGAUCUCUCAUCCAUCCAGCUUUUCUCGACGGGCGCGACUGCCGUCAAGUCUGUUGCGCGAGAGCUCCACGCAUAGCAACAGCUCCUACGCAUCUCCUUACCACAACAGUGAUGAUUUAUCGCAGGAGCAGAAUGCACACUCGCCUGAGGAGCGUUAUCAGGGCAUCUUUGAGCCAGCUUUUAACAUGCCCUCGUCGCCCCCCGUCAUGGAAUCUCGAUUUUCAUCCCGAUCAAGCCCCAACUUGCCUCCACUCUUGAUUGACGCGGAUUCGGGCUUCAUGAGUGGCGGGCUGGAUGACUUCAUCGACGACAGUGCCGCUACUCCCGUGGAAGACUCCCAAAAACCCAAUUAUCGCCAGACGACUGGUGAGAAACGCUCACGUUCCGUAUUAUCGACGGUUCAAGCCACGUCUCCCGCGAGUGCUAUUGGUUUAGUUUCUGAAGUCAUGACCGAUGCGAUGACAGCCAGCGAAGCUCCAACGGAUUUAAAGUCACAGCAGGCUGUCCAAGUACCCCGGCCGAGUACUUCAUCUGGGUCAAGACCCUCUUCGCGUAUGAGCAUCCGACCAACGCCCAAGCCACUGGCACCUGCUCCCAUGUCGCAAAGCGAAAUAGAGCAGCUUCUGAGAGGCACCCCAGCCAGUGAUCCUGUCGUUCAUAUCCAGCCCACGCGCCAACACUCACAGGCCGCUGCAGGCCCCAUGAGUGACUUCUCUAUCGUGGAGACACCCGCGCCCCAGCCCGAAUGUACCCGGAAGGCGCCUCGCAGUGGGGGCGCAGCGCGCAGAGCCAUGCAGGUUCAGGCACGUCUGGAUGCGGCCAUUGCGAGCGGUGCCGUUCCCCCUUAUUGCGAGAACUGCGGGUCCAUCGAAACGCCUACGUGGAGAAGGGCUUGGACGAAAGAUGUCGUUGGCAGUGAACAAGAUGCAAAAGAAAUGAAGCCACGUGGGCUUCUUUUCUGGGAGGCUCUUGAGAGGAAUGACAAGCAAGAAGUUGCCAAAUUCAGACUUUACAAAAAGGGUCUUGGAAUUACUCCCGAGGAUAAUGGCUGGAGUCAAUUGCUUCUCUGCAACCCAUGCGGACUGUGGCUACACAAGUUCAAAAGCAUGCGUCCAGAAAACCGGUGGAAUAAUAAGGCCACCGCAUCCACAGCGGACGGAAAGCACAAGCGCUCUUCUCGGAAUCGCAAACAGAGUGGCGGACCUCUGUCAAAACCCUCCACACGGACUCGCAGCAAGGCUACCGCCGCUCGCCCGGCCCAGUCUUCUCCUGCCCCCACCGAUAUCUCAUCCGCGCAGAAUGAGGAGGGUGAGACCCCCAACGCCGAAAGUUAUGAGGACCCCAGUCAGGAUCGUCAACAAGCUCAGAAUCCUGAAAACGAAGCAGAUUAUCCGAGUAAAAGGAGACGGGCGAACAGUGCAGAGCCGACCAGAUCGAGCGAGAAGUCUUGCUGGGACCAAGACGAAGCUCGUGAUGCUUUGCGACUCGCCAUCCAGUCAAGUCCGGCCAGAAAUCUCGACACCCGGAAAUUUUCUGCCCCCGACGAGACAAACUUAACUCCUAAGCCUGUACGUCGUGCCCUUUUUGCGUCUUCUCAGAAGGAAGGAGCGCUGAAGGAACUGGGCCCGUCAAUGGUGAACAGCUGCUCGCCCCGUCGCAGCCCUCGUCUUUCCAAGACCGAGAAGCAAAUGCAGGCAAAAGAGAAUCUGGAGCCCUCACACGAUGCCGUUAACGACCUUUUCGAAGACUCGGCUUUGGAUUUUGACCUUCCUGUCAGUCCUACUCCUCGGCGCCGACCCACACGUGCUGCGCUGCAGGAGAGACGUCAGUCCUUGCCCUGCAACUCCCCUACGAGCCUCAAGCGGAAAGAUGUCACCGCUUCCACCGCCACUCGGCUGAGUGCCGAACGCUUGCAGCGUAUCCAAGGAAGUCCAGGGCGGUCCCCUCGUGUGGACACUUCCCCCCAAAAAUCGCCUUCUAAGCAUGGCAACUCAGUGUUGUCCGAUUGCGGGUUUCACUCCGAAGCAUUCGCACCUCUAGAUGGUAUGAUUCUCGAUAUCUUUGAUGAGCUGCCCACCAGCGUCAAUUCAUUCCAAUUGUCAAACGACAAGUUCCCCGGCAGCAAUUGGGCGGACUGGCUUCCCUCCAAUUACGUCUCUCCCGCCGCGUCGGAUGAUGAGAACAACCCACCUGAGGAUCUCAUCGAUGCAAUUCUCUCGGAUCCGGCUAUCCUCAAAGAGAACAUGCCAGGCGCGGAAUUCAAUUCUUUCAACUUCGCCACGGGCGUUAUUCCAGACUCGGGCUUCUACAGCUCUGACGUUCUUCAGGCGGAUGUCGUUGCUUCCAAUGUGGCAAAACUUCCUCAGGAGUCUGAUCAGUCCGCGAUGCCUGAUGCAUGA